AAUCAAAGUUUCGUCACUGGUGACAUGUGCCAACUUGUCUCUCAUCAGUUUCCACAGAGCUCCUGAAGUGGACGGUCACAGAGAGACAAAGACGUGAAUCAAUCUAAACAGCACAUGGACACAAUCCCAUCUACAGGGACACAAUCCCAUCUGGCGUGAUGGGAGGUCGGACGCAGAGAUGGGGGAUACUGAGCCUCCUGAUCCUUUUCAGCCUCCUCAGCCUCACUCAACCAAUCCAGGUGAGAGAUGAAGAGUGGGAGGAGCUCGGACCGGACCUCGCUGCACUGCACCGUCUGAGGAACCUGCCUGAACACAUGUUUCAUGAACGGCUCCAGGAGUCUGCACUACAAAGUGUCAAUGGAGACAGACGGGACAGAGAGGGGACAGACAGAAUGGACUGGACCUCCAUCAAAGAGCCGAAGCUGGACUCAAACAUGAACUCCGCCCUGAAACAUGGUGUCCGUGUAGCCAGGGCGGAUAUUGACCGAACCCCAAUGAGUUUGCUGGAUGGUCUUCAGGACUGUGAGAAUGUCACCGCCUGCAUCAUUCAAAGGAAACAGGACUUUGAAACCUUCUUGGACGGUUUUGAGGAACAGAAGAUACAAGAUCGGCUGAUCAGUGCAUCUGAGAUCUCACACAGCUACAGUCAAAAACUUCUGGUCAUGACCGACAGAGACAAGUCAACAGAAGACAGAGUCCAACAGGAAUACAGCCUGGAUCCUCAUUACUCAGUGAUAGUCAGCAAGGACUGUCUGUUCAAUGAGUCCUGUUGCCCUGAAGCAGACGGCUACACCGUAGUGCAAAUAUUUGGAAGUGUUUCAGAAGAUGGACAAAGUGUAUCUGGGCUUUCUGGCUCAUCUCUUGCGGAGCUGAUGUUCAAACCAUCACUGACAGGAUCUCCAGUGUUCUCCCUUAAUGGAAGCACAUCCACACACUUCCAGCAAAACUUCAUGCGCUUUUUUCAGAUCCGUGGAAUCAAAGCAGUCUUAGAAACCAACCAGGAGAAUCUCCAGCUUUACCAGGUCAUGGAUCAACCCGGCUCCGUUUCCAACUACAGAAUUAAAAAAAGACCAGUUGAUCACACCACCCAGUACGACCACCAGCAGAUCAUCAUUAUGGAAUCUGAUCCUGUGGUCAGAAAAGCUGCAACUUUUCUUUAUGAGAAGCAUCCAGAGGUGAGCUCUGUCUACAUUCUGGAUGAAAACCAAAGACCCAAACUGAUCCGUGGGGCCUCUGUGCCUCUCUCAGAGGACAGCAGACUGGUGCUGGUCGGUCAUGGGGCCAAAGACAAUUCAGGAGAGAUGAGAUUGUCUGGGUACGGAGCCCAAGAUGUGGCCAAAGUAAUUCAGAGGACCUCCAGAGUCAGUGAUAAGAUCAAAACAACAAGUGUGGUGUCAUGUGAGGUCGGAUCCGAUAAAGUCUUCAUCCAAACCCUGCUGACGGAGCUUCAUAAGAGCAGCAUUGAGACAGAGCUGCACCUGAGGGAUGCUGUGACCCAGGUCCGGCACACGGGAGAGAAAAUUACUCAAGAAAUCUCUCCAGACGGAGUGAAGUGGCGUCACAAAGACGACAGCACGAAGGUGGUGGCAAACCUUGAUAGAAACGGAGAAGUAAUUAUUAGAAAUGAGCCUGGCAGCAAAGGAGAGGCAGUGUUUACCAAUGAAAGGAACUUUCUGAUGGGCAAGCGUAAAUCAAAGCCGGAUUCGAGCAACAAAGACAAACUUCCAAAUGAGCCGAGGAGAUUUAUUCCCCAGGAUAGAGACUUUAAGACGUACAGCGAUGGCUUAUAUAAAGUUGAGGCUCUGACUUGGGGAUUAUUUCAUUCUGAUCAGCUCCUUCCGGAAAAGGUCAGUUUCCAAAACUUGCAACAGUUAGAGAGGCAUUUUGUUAUUGGGAAAAAAUUCAGAGAUAAUAAUGAUAAGGAGAAAAUGACUUGGAUAACGGACAAGGAAGAACUAACGAGCAUUCUUUCCAAGUGUUAUGAGAUUAAAUCAGGCAAAGAUGUUAGAAGUAUCAUCCGUCACUAUGCAAAGACGGGAGAAAAUGUGCCAACAUACCUGAUGAUCAAUGACUGGAUAUUAGAAAUUAAUCCUAAAAAUCUGUACGUUCAUCCAGUUGGAAAGAAGCUUGACAACAAUCGAAUGGGAAAUGAGGAAACAAUUGAUGACGUUAAGAGAUGUGUUACUGAACAGAUCGGCAAAGAAAGUUACAACGAAAUGAAACUUAAAAUAGGAUCAAAGGAGACAUAUGUUGAAUAUGUGGAAGGUACUUUGAAAGGAGAUUACAAAAGAAAAAUAUCUAAGAAAACAGAUGAAAAAGUACGACAAACUGAGCAAAAAAAAAUUCUUUCCACUGAAGCCUGGUCCACCACAUACUUCACGGCCUCAGUUAUAUCUGAAUCUUCUAGAAAUUUCCGGACAUUUCCUCUGACUCUCAUGGCUCUGGAUAUGGUUCAAAGCCCAAAUACAAAGGAAGCUGGAGUGAAUUUCUUUUUUGAUGAACACCCAAUGGCAACAGGAGGGAGUUGGAUUGAUCCAAAGAGUCGUGGAUUCAGUGGCGCCACAACAGCGGAUGUAAAGAAAUUUGCUAAACUAAAGACAGUCCUAGAAAAAGAGCUCCAUCUGUACAACUUGUGGUUUGAGAAUGUUAAAAAAAGGUUCUGUCUCGGAUAUUAG